GUCUUGUGGUGUCCUGGUGUGUUAAAAUUAUGUUGGGGGUGUUCGACAGUCGAUAUUCAUAUAUGUGUAGAUGGAUUUUUUGUUUGAGCAGCCAAACGCAUAUGUGAUAGAUUAGCGAGUUUAGCCUUUGUUUCUUCUGUAAAGGCAUCUCAAUAAGGUAUUAUUUAAAAAUUAAAUCAACAAUAUGUCAAGACAGGCCGCAAGAGCAGGUGAUCCAAGGAAAGUGAAUGGUGAGUUGUUCACACUGACAUAUGGAGCCUUAGUUGCACAACUCCUACGUGACUAUGAAGAUGAUGAAGAAGUUAACAAACAACUUGAAAAAAUGGGAUACAACAUAGGAAUUCGUUUGAUAGAAGAUUUUCUGGCACGAUCCAAUACUAGUAGAUGCAGUGAUUUCAGAGAAACGGCAGAUGUUAUUUCUAAGGUAGCAUUCAAGAUGUAUCUAGGGAUCACUCCUGUAGUGAGCAAUUGGAGCCCAGCAGGAGAUGAAUUCUCUCUUCUAAUGGAGAACAACCCACUGAUAGAUUUUGUGGAGUUGCCUGAUGGCCACAACAACUUGAACUACUCCAACUUGUUAUGUGGUGUACUGAAAGGAGCCUUGGAAAUGGUUCAAAUGGAUGUUGAGGUAAAGUUUGUUCAAGACCAACUAAAGGGUGAAAAUAUCACAGAACUAAGACUAAAAUUUUUGAAGAGACUAGAAGAUGCAGUGCCAGUAGGGGAGGACUAGGCAAUACUACUGUUUAUAUGAAAGGGUUCUUGUGAACAGACAUUGAUGGAAUCACUGUCAUUUAAAAUGAAUGUUAAUGUGUGCACCUUCUGUAUAAUUUAGUUCUUAAUGCUAUAUGAAUAUCCUUUGAAAUACUUUAUUUGCAAUUAAACACCUCAUCUAAAUAAACUCUCACCAUGUUUUUAGCUCCCCUUAGGAAAAUGUGCUCAUGGUGAGCUGUUUGUCUUUCAUGAAGUGUGUUGUGAAUCGCUCUUUGUGCUUGUCAAUUUUCUUUUAAACUUUCUGAAUCUUCAUGAAGCUUUGUAAGACAAUUUGUCUGAAUGAUAUCUUGGUAAUGUUUAAAACUGGGUCACGUAAGGUAAAAAACUGGUUUAAUUUUCAAAAGAUAAUCGUAAAAAUGUGCUUAGAAAUGAAAUUCAUGUACCUACUACUUUUGUUAUCUUAAGUCCACCUUGUUAGAAUAUUUUAGUUCCUUCAGGUCUUAGGCGAACGCUUUAGGGCCUGGCCAUGUCCCUCUUGUUUAUUUACCUAAUAAAUGGUAACGAUUUGCAUUAAAAAAAAACAAUCAUAAACCAUUUAAUGUGCAAUUAGGUAAAUCUUAAACAUCUAGAAAGUGGAUGAAAUGGAAAGAAGAAAAACUAACCUAUUCAGUUCCAGUUUCAUUUCAUUUAAGUGCAUACAAAUAAUAUCUGAUAGAUUAAUGAAGUAAUUUCCUUUGGCUAUUGAUCCUGGACCAUUAAACGACGUCAUCAGUGGCACACAAUAUGUGAGCUGAUUCUGUAAAACUAAGACGCUUAAAAAGUGUGAAUGUGAUGUAGGCACAAAAACUUCAACCAAACUGGAUUUAUUUUCGAAAUCUGGUGAGAAAAUGGACAUGAAUCAAGAAUGUUUUGCCUAUGGCAGUGUAAUCCACCUGUAAAUUCAACCGUCAUUAGUAUAAUUUAUUUAUUUAUUUAUUAUGUGACUAAAAGCUAACCCAAUAAUUUUGCAUGAUAGUAAGUUUCAUACAUGUGUAAUUACACAAUCAAGUAAUAUGCUACUUCGGUUUGGGUCCAGUUUUAUGUUUUAGGCUAUCAGAAGAUUAUCUAUUAUCUGUCUGGCCUUUAUUGUGAUUGCCUGUCAUGUAUGUUCAGUAAAGCUGGUUCUUGUUAUGAAGAUUAAACGUUCAAUAGCAAAUCUCUUAUGAAAUUUGUAUUCAGAUGGCGGAAUUUAAGAUUCAAUAGACCCUUUUCACAAUCAGUCAAAAUUGAUGAGGGCGAAGUCACGUGACUCGAAGAAUUCCAGACAAAAGUUAUCGUGUAUUCAUUGCUAAUAGUACCACGCAACGCCGCAAUGUAUUUCAAUCACUCACUCUUUAAAACAAUCAGCUACGAAAUAAUAUUGUCAACACAAGAUGACAUUGGCAGAAUAAGCACUAAUAUGAACUUCGCAUUUAAAGUGUUUAUGCAUGAAAUAAAUGUUCUUGAUUAAA